AAGGUCGAGCUGCUGGUGCAGCAGACGCUGGACCUGGACCGGCCAUGGCGGGAGCGCCGCGACAUGCUUUCGGGCAUCCUCAGCGCCGCGUCCGUUGAGGACCGGCUGAAGGUGGUGCUGAACUUGGACAAGCGUUUCGAGGAGCACGCUGACAUCGACGACUUCGAGAUCGUGUGCGGCAUCGCCGAGCACAUAGGCAUCGAGAUCCCCCGCGAGGGGGCGAUCCGCCGCUGCGCUCUGCGGCGCUGGGCGCUGGACCCGAAGCGCGGGGGCGCGCUGCCCGUGGCGCGGCUCAUCGACUUCGUCGACACGGACGCGGCCAUCGGCGAGGACGUCGCCGCCAGCCUCAGGGCCAAGGGCCGGGCCGCGGACGCCGCGCUGCUCCUGUCGCGCCUGCCGGCUGCGCAGGGCGGCAUGGACGGGAGUGACUCCAUCGGCGUGCUGGACGUGAACAACGGGGACGCGGAACUGGCGAGGUUACGGGAGAUCCUGGCCCUGGACGAGGACCACUCCGACGACGAAGACGGCGGCCUCGGCGUGGGCGUGUUCAGCCCCGUCGAGGAGGGGGCCUUCUGGCUGCCCUUCGGCCCCCCAGACCACGUGGCCCUCGCGGAGACCGCGGCGGCCGCUGGCGAGGCCGCCGCCCGGCUCGAGGGCGAGGAGAUGCUGGCGGUGGGCCUGUGGAAGGAGGAGGCGCCCUUCUGGCACGCGCCCGUCACCCUGCUGGCGCUCUGCGCCGAGACCCGCCUGGAGCUCUUCGACCUCGCGGCGCUCCGCAGCGACACCACGGGCGCCUGGCCCGCCGCGGCGGGGCGUGUGCGCGCGCUGCUGUCGAACCCGCAGAUACUGAAGGUGGUCUGCGGCGAGGACGUCCUGCACCUCUUCGCCUACACGCUGGGCCAGGGCGUGGCCAGCACGCUGAAGCGCGGCGAGCGUGAGCCGUUGGGGCCCAUGGUGGACGCGCACGGCCUGCUGGCCGCGGUCCUGGGGCGAGAUGACCCCGCCGCCUCGUGGCCCUCCGUGGCCCGCCGCUUCCUGGGGCUCCGGCUGUGCCCGGAGGAGGCCCUCGGCAACUGGGCGCGGAGGCCGCUGCGGCGGUCGCAGCUGCACCACGCCGCCGCGGAGGCCUGGACGCAGCUCCCGGUGCUGCGGGCCGUGUGCGCCUUCGGCAUCGCCCCGCCCGAGCUGGUGAGGGGCCACUUCUGCGCCCGGGUGAAGGCGCGGGCCACCGCCGGGCGCGCCAGGGGCCAGCGCAUGCACGUGGUCGGGCAGCUGGCGCCCCCCGGGCGCCUGGCUGGCACCGACGGCGGGGAGGUGCCCACCGUGCAGUCCCUGGCCGCGGACCGCGCCGCCGCCGCCGACCCCGUGGCGGCGCCGCUUCCGCCGCCGACGCGCAUCGCGACCCUCACCGCGCCCGCGGCGCCGCCGCAGGAGGACCUCCCCGACCCCGGGCUGCCCUGCCUGCCGGCGGGCACCUCCGUGGAGGUCUUCGGGGAGUGCUUCGGGGGCAGCGCCGCCGUGGCGCCCCCGGGCUCGCCCGCCGGCGGCCCGCGCUGGC